GGGGGGUAGUCUUCAGCUUCCUGUCUGAGAAUCCUCCGAAGGUUCAGCUUCAGGAAGGCCUUCACUCAUCUGUUUCUAACGGGAGAGGCUCCAGCAGCCGUGGGGGGGUCAGAGCGACGCUUCCGCCUGAAGGCGGUGGUUCGUCUGCAGGAUGAGGCCGACCUGAGAGCGGUGACUCAGAUCUCGUCUGCCUCCUUCAGAUCUCCGCAGCAGCUUCUGGUUCCUGUUUUCGGGGGCAGUUUGGACCGAUCCGUUUCUCCUUCACCAUCGACACGCUUCAGUUCCUCCUGCUGACGAGCUCCUCCUGAACCUCCUGCUCCUCCUCUCAGCCACACGUGGAACUCCAAAGGGAAGAUGAGGGACCGACUGGGCGACCUGCAGCUCUUCCUCUCCGAGUCUCCAGAGGAGGCGCGUCCGUCAGAGGAGCAGAGCCCCGAGGAGGCGCAGCCUCUGGAGCUGUACAUGUUCCAGGGGGAGGACGAGAUGGAGCAGAUCUACAAAGAGGCUCAGCUGAUGCAGAAGGAGAUGCUGAUGCUGAAGCUGGACGUGAAGCGGCUGGGCAAGCAGAACACCCGCUUCCUCACGUCUGUCCGGAGGAUCAGCAGCAUCAAGCGCGACUCCAACGCUCUGGGCCGCGACAUCAAGGCCCGGGGGGAGGCCAUCUACGCCCGGCUGGAGAGGCUGGGGAAGCGGAGCAAGGAGCUGGAGGAGGAGCACGGCGCCGCGUCCGCCGUGGCCCGCAUGGCGCGCUCGCAGUGCGUCUACCUGACCAGGGCCUUCCACGAGGCCAUGUGCGAGUACAACCGCGCCGAGAUGCUGCAGCGGGAAAACUGCAAGACCCGCAUCCAGAGGCAGGCGGAGAUCAUGGGCCGGGAGGUGAGCAGGGAGCAGAUCGAGGAGAUGAUCGAGACGGGGAAGUGCAGCCUGUUCUCGGACAACCUCCUGCUGGAGGGCCGCACCGCCAGAUCCGCCCUCACCGAGAUCGAGAACAGACACAAGGAGCUGCUGGAGCUGGAGGGACGCAUCCGCGACAUCCGCGAGCUCUUCUUCCAGAUGGCCCUGCUGGUGGAGGAGCAGGGCUGCAUGCUGGACAACAUCCAGGCCAACGUGGGCCAGACCCGGGACUACGUGGCCAAGGCGUCUGCGCAGAUCAGGCAGGCCGUGAGAUACAAGAAGAACAACCCCUGCAAGAAGCUCUUCUGCUGCUGCUUCCCCUGCUGUCGCUGACGGCGAUGAUGGAACGUCUGCAGACUGAGCUUCAGCUAUUCGAGUUUCUGCUGAAGCUGGACCUGAAGCUGGACCUGAAGCUGGACCUCCUGGAGUUCUUGUUGAAGUUCUGAUCAGCUCCAGGUUCCAUCUUUGCUUUCAUGCUCAGUUAAUCCCCCCCCCCCCAUCAGAGUGGAUGAUCAGACAGUGGUGCCCCCCCACACACCCGUUUACUGACUUGACCGAGUUUCAGACAGAAUCUGGAGCCGCUGCGUCACGGCGUGGAAAGCGCUGAGUCAUGGCAGGCGUGGGCGUUGGUGCUGUUGUUGCUUCAGAGCUGCGCCGGCUGCACUUCCCCUGUGGUUUCUGGGGGGGGGUUUACACGCAGCAGGCCUCGCUUCACCUAAACUGUUACCUCCCCCCGACACAGACACUAGGUCGGCUGGAGGGGGGGUCAAACCGCUCUUGAUUUUGACUGUGUUGCGUCUUCCAGGGAGGGGCUGAUCCAUCAGAUCAGAGCUGAUCCCUCAGAUCAGAUUGAGUUUCAACACUACAGAGUGUUUCCGGUUUUAAAUCAGCCGAGCUUUUAUUUUGAAAUGAGGAAGACGUUCAGCGGUUGGUUCAAUCACCGUUUCUGUUCAUGAAACUUUCAAAACUUUAAGGAACUCCAGAUCUUCUGCCGGAAGCUUCAACCUGUCUGGAUUUGGCGCCAUCUAGUGGCCAGAGACAGAAAUUGAACUUUUAGGUCAAACAUGAAUCAGAAUUCCUGGAUUUUAGGACGGAUGGAAAAAGAAUCCAUAAAAAUACUUUUAAAAUGUUUGUAUUGAUUAGCAAAUUUAGCCACAGUUUAAAAUACUUUCGUGUUUUUGAAGUUUAUUCCUUUGACUGAUCAGAGUAUAAACAGUAUCUUUGUUUGAUAUUGAUGUUAAAUAUUAGGUCAAUAGCACCUCCAUGUGGAAGACUGCUGGAUAAGAUCUAGAAAGGAUCAAAGUGUUUUUCUGACUUCUUGUAUUCUGACUUCCUUUGAUGACAUCAUUUCUGUGAUAGUUGCUCUGGAAUGUUUUCAUCGAUUCAUUUUGUUGUGAUGUUUAUGAUGGAGGCUCAGAGAAAUACGACUUCUUUACGUCGCUCAGUUGUAAAUCCUAAAAGUGAAUUUCUCUUUAUAAACCUGCAGUUCAGUCUCUCA